AUGGCAGCAGCUCCACCUACAUCUUCCUACCACAUUCCGAACCUGUACAACCUCCAUGGCCUAGUCGCCGUGGUCACAGGUGGUGGAACGGGUAUCGGACUGAUGAUCGCGCGUGGUCUGGCCGAGAAUGGUGCGCGAGUGUAUAUCACAGGACGACGGAGAGAAGUUCUUGAAAGGGUGGUGAACAGUGGGGCUAUCAAGGGUGAAGUCGUCGCGCUUCCCAUGGAUGUGACGAGUAAGCCAAGCAUCCUAGAGGCAAAGAAGACGCUGCAAGAGAAGGAAGGCAAGAUCCAUGUCCUUGUCAACAACGCAGGCCAAGUCGGACCCAUAUCGUCGUGGUUCAACGAUCUCUCUUCACCUAAUCACAAAGAUGCCGAGACACUUGGACAGGCAUUAUUCGACGAGUCAGAACAAGGCUGGGCCGACCUCUAUGCCAUCAACGUCUACCCUCUUUUCUUUGUGACGAUGGCUUUCCUCGGAUUACUCGACAAUGGCGCCAAGGAUCCACAAAAACCUGGGUACACAUCCAGUGUGAUCAAUAUUACAAGUAUGAGCUCCAUGAUGAAGCAAGCACAAGAGCAUUUCGCGUACAAUGCUGCCAAAGCUGCAGCAUCACACUUGACGCGCAUGAUGGCAACAGAAUUUGCCCUCAAGCACGUCCCAGUGCGGGUCAACGCUAUCGCGCCUGGGAUGUACGAGAGCGAGAUGACUAAAGACGUGAUCUCGCCGGAAGAGCUCGAUAAAAUGGCCAAAGGAGUAGUGCCUAUUCCUGCAAAGAGACCUGGAACCGGUGAAGAGAUGGCCGGAACUGUGGUGUACCUUGCGUCACCAUCAGGCUGUUAUGCAAACGGCCAGGAGAUCGUAAUCGAUGGGGGUUGCCUCGCCGUGAAUCCUUGA